ACAUUUCGAAAGGAAUCGUGCAAAAAUGCAUAUUCUUCUCCUGGUCUGGAUAAUUCAGAGUAUCCAGGUCAGGAUUGUUUAAUGUUCGAAAUAUAUACUCAUUUCUUUAUUUCCAGGAAGGAGGAAAUCAGGCAUUUGUUGGGGACUAUUUUCACAUUAAUUCAUGUUGAGGCUCUGCUUAGUAUUUGUGGCUGCAGCAGAGUUGGGCGGUAUCCAAACCUCCUCCACAUUCUACCGCGGUACCGUGACCCGGGUUUCCGUUACAAUCUGCUGACAUUUUCAAAAUGUCUGGUGAAAAUAUUCCCUGCAAGUACAAUUUGAAUUUUGAAGCAAAGAAAUUACAAGUGAGGACAAGUCGGCUGCAGCUGCAGCCCCGCUCAUGGAUGCCACAAGUGCGCAACAAGACGCCAUCGCUUCUCUGUGAUUAUGGAGGCUUGAACUUCUCAACAGCGAAUUUCUCAUUAGAGACUUCAGCGAAAUCUACCCUGAUCUUUGUCACUUUGUUAAUAUAGUUUUAUUACAUAUACAGGCUAUUUCAAACGCAUAGAGCGAACGGACUUUAUUAUUUCAAGUUGGCAGCACGCCGCGUGAUUAAAAUGGUUUCCAGAGGGCGUCCUUGUUCUGGAUUUUACUCGUCAGCUCAUCCCAAACCUCAGCGGAUGAUGUCUUCAGCCCUUGAAGACUGUCGUGUAAAAUGACGUGCAGAAGAACAUCUGUCAGAGCUGCAGCAGUGCUGAUGAUACUUGUGAUGAAUGUCUUCAGAGGACGCUCCCUCACAUGUCGUCCAUUAGAGUAUCAGAUGGGGACUGAAUGCUGUCCCAUGUGUCUCCCUGGAUUUCGAGUUGCCACACACUGCACAGAAUUCAAAAGUACUUCCUGUCUGCGUUGCACUGAGGGAACCUUCAUGAAUCAUCAUACUGGUCUUCUACAGUGUUUCCCAUGUACAAGCUGUGAUGCAGCUUCUGGUUUGAAAUUAAAAACUUCAUGUACAGCAACAUCAGAUGCUGUGUGUGAGCCACUGGAGGGAUUCUACUGCAUGGACUCUGCAGAGGAGGGCUGUCAGGCAGCAGAGAAACACUCAAGCUGUCAGCCAGGACAGUACAUCAGUCAGAGAGGAACAGCAUUAAGAGACACUGAGUGCUCUGACUGCAGUGAGGGAACAUAUUCUGAUGGAACAUUUCCAUCCUGUCAGCCACACACACAAUGUGAAUCAGUGCAUCGUCAGCUGAUAAAAGCAGGGACUGUUUCAACUGAUGCUGAAUGUGGAGAGCAAAGUUCAGACAGCACAGGACUUGUGGUCGGUGUUAGUGUGCUUGUAUUUCUUAUAGCAGCUGCAGCUGCAGCAGUUGCAUGGUGGCGUAUCAGAAAGAGGAAAAGCAGUGAAGUGCACAGAAAUGAACUCAGCCCAGAGUUUCCUGUACAGAACUGCUGGUCUGCAGUGGAUCAUCAUCUCACACACAUGUUGUGUUGUCACUGUGUGACAGCUCCAGGCUCCUCAUCCAGCAGAUCCCUGAGGAGGAAAGUCUCAGUCAGAGUGUUUCUGUGAUGAAUUCCAGUAGGUCAUCUUCAUGUUGCUGUACGUGAUCUCCUGUGGGGGCCACACAGAGCUCACAGGGGGACCUGAACAUCAGACAGACUGAAAACUUUAUCUGUCAUAAAGAACAAUCAGCUGGAACUGAGGACGGAGACUCUCAGUCCUGAACUGCAACAGGAAGGGACAAAUGUUUGCUUUGACUGAUGGCCAACAGACUGGAUCAUGUGGGUGGUGCACAUGAAACCCCAGGUGAGUUCAGGUGCAGGAGAAAAGCAGCAAAUAGUCAGAAGAGUCCAUGUGCUGAAUAUUCCAAGUUCACAAGACAUCAUAUUGGUAUGCAGUUUGUGUACUGAAGCCCCACAGGGCUGUGAGCUGAGCCUGCAUGACACGACUGCUGAACUCAUCCUCCACAUUCCCUCAUUGGACACUUUGCUUUUGUUUUGUACUGCAUGAUGAUAUAAAUGUAUUUUUUCAUUGUCUUAGUUUCUUUACAACACCUGAAUUUCCUUUUGGUGAGAUCAUUGGAGGAUUCUCUUAAUUUUAAGUAUGACAACAUGGCAAGCAGUCAGUGCAUUUAUAAAAUGCACCAGAAUACAAUCCACAUGUCUCUGGCACGUCAUGUUUAGUCCACUUUUUAUUUAUUUUAAACUCGGAAGUAUACUGACGUAGCAGCUUCAUUCACAAUAUAGCUGAGCUAAUACAACAACAGAAAAACCAGAGGACACAAUCAUACACAUUGUAAGUAAUAGGCUAUUAGAUAUGUUGUAGACAAAAUGUUUUUUAUCCAUCUUUUCUAGUAAAUGUUUCUCAAAGUUCA